GUUGAGAGGAGAGAGAGCGUGGGCAACCAAAUCCCUGGUGAGAGCGUGAAGUCAAAAGGGAACCUUUUCAGAAAAGAAAAUCUAAAUCCAAAUAGAAAAAAGAGAGAAAGAAACGCGUACGAUCGGAGAUUCUGCGUCCUCUAUUUAAUCAAAUUUGGAACAUGAAUCUCUCCCUCUCCGCCACUACGACUUCGCAUCCACUUUUAUUUUCAGUAAUUAUUCAUAAUACAUUAUUGUUUCACUUAAUCAUCCUCUUUUCAUUGCCAUUAUCGUCCUCUCUCUCCCCCCCCCCCCCCAAUAAUUUAGGGUUCCGAAAAAAAUCCACCCCUCAAUUUCUGAAUUAAUCUUUCCUACAAAACCAUGAAGCACCAAACCAAAAAGAAAAAGAAGAACCCUCGACGUCUCUCACUCGCCUCCACCAAUAAUAAUACCGCUCUUCAUGGACAACAACAACAGCAAAGCGAAACCGUUUUGGCAUUAAUGGAAGCGUUUGAUUCCAUCUCUUUCCGAGAAGCAUCGACGGCUUGUGAUGAAGCCAACGGUGACAUUAAAAUAGCUGCUGAUAUCUUAUCAGCCAAUGCGGAUGAUCCCUCCACUAGUUCGGUUUCAAGCGGGUCAUCCGGUUCUACUUCUAGUAGUAUCCGCUCGAGUUCGGAGGAGAGUAAUUUGGUUAAUAAAAGGAAGGGUUUAAAUAAGCAGAAGAGAGUCGUGGCUGUUACAGGAACGGUUUCUACGGUUAUUGGGAAAGAGUAUGUCAGGAGGGAUUCUUCAGCUAAAGCAAAGGACUUUGGUUGUGGUGUUGUGUCUAAGGAAGAUGCUGAACAUUUUUUGUGCUCUAUGCUUAGUGAUGAUUGUGAUCUUAGCUUGGCUGUUGUUCGAGAUGUUCUCUGUCAAUGCGGAUAUGACCUUGAAAAGGCUGUGGAUGUGCUGCUUGCUCUAUCUGCUUCUUCCUUUGAGCAGUCCAGGAAUGAUGGAUAUUUUAAUCAUAUGGUGAACUAUAAGGAUGACACUGCAUUCCUUGUUGGCCAUAAUGAAAUUGUGACAGAUAAGGCAUCCGAUUGCACUUCUACUUCAGCUGAAAGCGAAGUUCAUGAGAGCAUAUGGGGCUAUGAUUGCAGGAAUUACUCUCAGGUUAUUAUGAGUUCCGAAUCUCCAUCAACCAUCGCAAGAAGUAAUGUGUCAGAUCUCCCUCAAAAGGUGUUGGAAGGUUUGUUUAACAUCUCCAGAAGCUCUGAGCAUGAACCAGGCACUAUGAAUUGGAGGAAUGUGGCGAGGAAACUGCAAUCGCUGGUGCCUGCUAUUGACAUGUGUCCACUGAGUGAUGCAGCUCCUCAGCAUGGCAGCUUUGCUAAGGGUGCUGAGUAUCAUCUAUAUAGACAUUCUGCAAAUCAGCAUUGGGAUUCAAGGACAUCUUACUAUCAAAAAGCUGCAGCAGCAUACUCAAAGGGAAACCGGCAGUAUGCAUCUUACCUUUCUGAUCAGGGGAGUGUACAGACUAAAUUGGCUCGAGAGGCAGAUGAAAGAGCAAGCAAGGAUAUAUUUGAAGCUAGAAACAAGGACUUUGAGAAUGUGAUAACAAUUGAUUUGCAUGGGCAGCAUGUUAAACAAGCAAUGAGGCUGCUGAAACUUCACCUUCUAUUUGGAACAUAUGUCCGCUCUGUUCAGACUCUGAGAGUAAUCACAGGAUGUGGAAAUCAUGGUCUGGGAAAGUCAAAACUGAAACAAUCGAUUAUAAUUCUUCUGGAAAAGGAAGGUAUUAGAUGGAGUGAAGAGAAUCGAGGAACAUUGCUAAUUAAGCUUGAUGGAUUCAAAGAAUAUAGCUUCCUGGAUUCAGAGAGCGAUACUGAGUAACUUUAUCACAACUAAUUCAUUCGAGUCCACAGGAGGCUUGUUGUAUUUAUGUCUGUUGUCUUAAUUUCUUAAAAAAAGUCAACAGAUGUUCAUAUGUUUAUGUAGAAAAUCCUUUCAUUUCUGUAGUUAAGUAAAAGUUAAAGCUAGGCAAUAGGCAUAGCUCCUCCUAGAUUUAGCUGGUAGAUUGAUUACCUGUUAUCCUGUCUGUGUCAGCAUUCUUUAGAAGUGAUGUAUGUUCAGGAUGUAUAUCUGCUGCAGGUUAUAGGCUGACCAUAUUACUUUUGUGUAUCAAGAAAAAAGAUGUUUGAAUAAAUAAAUUUACUCAAGUGCUGUUGAUUUGUUAA